AGCUCCCAGGGGAUCUCGUGCAGUCACUUACACCAGAGCCGCAGGAGCCAGACUGGGUGCAGGAAAGGUUAGCUCAGUAAGGCCUAGGCUAGGAUGUGAAGGUAUGACAUGACCACGCUGGCUAACAACCGGUACCACCUCAGUGCCGCUAACACAUCUUAACCUCACGCCCAAAAGCCUCAGCUAGCCCAGGUCUCAACCGCGCGGCUAAGCGGUGCUGGGCAGUGCAGAACCGGAGGCGGGGAGCAGUAUACACAGAGCUCGAAUGCCAGAGACAUAACACGCUGGUUAGGCAAGUGCAAGGGACUGUGGGGGGUGAAAACGCAAAAUGAUGGUUUUGUAAUGCCCAUUUUUCAGAUGUAACGGGCCAGCAUCCACUGUGUUUCUGCCUGCCUAGCAGGUCUGCAUAGCACCCAGGGCUGCAGGAGCAGAGCGGUGCUUCGGAUGAUGCAGCAGGGAGCUGGCCUGGAGGCUCUGCAUGCUGAGGAGGUAGCUGGCAAGUGAGUACAGCUUUUCUCUUCAUGCUUAGGGAGUCUCUGCUUCCCACAUCCCAGGCAGGUUGUGGGGGAGGGGAGAGGAGGAAGAAGGAGUAACUUGGGGGGAUGGGAUGAAGGUUCGGGGCAUGGUGAGAUGGACUCAGCAUUCCAAUGGAAAGUAAAACCCCAGAUUCCAGCACCCUGGGGCGUGGGGCAUUCAGAACUAAGCAGUGGAGUUGGCACCCUGGUUGUAUGGGUUAAACUGUGGGGCUGUGAUACAAACUGAACUAAGGGGCUGUCACAAAUUCCUUGCUGCGAGGGUCAGCCCCACCCCAGAGGCUGCAGCACGCUGCGUGUCUCAUGGGUCUUUGCUGCUUCCCACCAAAGCAGCAGGCAAAGGCAGCUGGCAGAAACAAGCUGCUGGACUCAGGCAAUGUGAACUGGGUGGCAGGAGGCAAGAUGCCAGCAAGUUAACCCAGGUAGGGCAACUGUCUGCUCUGCAGUGAGACCUGAGCGCAGUGGUUCUGAUCUAGUAUUGCUGGAAUUGGACAAAGGAGUCGCUGGACCAGUGGUUCUGAGCUGCUCUGUGGGAAAUCCUCUGUUCCAGAUACUAUUGGUGAGCCUUUCACAUGUGACCUGAAAGGCCAGCCACGCUCACGCCCCAGUGCAGGCUUGCGUGGAAGGAUUUGCCCACAGGUUGAGCUUUGCUCUUCUGUCCAUGUUCAUGGCACUUGCAGCCUGGACCUAUGAUACAGCACAACAGUUACUGGGUAAUCAGGGCUGAGAACCCCCAUUCUAGGAUUGCCCUCGGAUGGAGAAACACAGGCCUCCUGAUUUUCCCUGUAAGGUAAUUUACACCCACUUGCAAGGCUCCUUUGCACUGCCAGAGUGGCGCAAAGGGGACUCAGUGUAAAUGAGUUUUUGCUGGGCAACGUGUGCCAGAUUUCCCAGUGCACCACUCCAGUUUUACACUGGCAUAAUGGGGUUCUGCGGGUGUAAAACUGGAGUAACUUCUUCUUCCCCACAAUAGAACUUUCUUGGCCUGGCAACUUUGGAAUGACAGGCACUGUUGCAUCAGCCCCGGUUCCACUGAAGGGCAGCAGAGGAUUCUCUUUGCUGCAAGGAGGUGGAGCAUUCUUUUGCAAGAGGCCAGUUGCCCCCGUGUUUCUGAGCUCAGCCCAACGGAGAGGGGGCAGUUAAGAACAGAACAUGGUAACAAUUGAGUCAGGCAGUGAAUGUUUUGAUGUCAUAGAGAUUUUGGGGAAAGGCACCUUUGGGGAAGUGGUGAAGAGCUGGCGGAGGACCACGGGGGAGAUGGUGGCUGUCAAAAUUCUGAAGAAUGAUGCUUAUCGGCGUAGGAUCAUUAAAAAUGAACUAAAGCUGCUGCAGACCAUGGCAGGGGUGGACUCAGAGGAGUCACAUAUUAUCCAUUUCCACAUGUUCUUCCAUGAUGAGAUGAAGUUCUACUUGGUCUUUGAGCUCUUGGAAAAAAAUCUAUUUGACUUUCAGAAGGAGAACAAUUUCUCUCCUCUGCCGGUCAAGCACAUCCGGACAGUGACCGCCCAGGUGCUCAAAGCCCUGGCCAAGCUGAAGGAGCUUUCCAUCAUCCACACGGAUCUGAAGCCUGAGAACAUAAUGCUGGUUGACCAAAUGAGGUACCCUUUCCGAGUCAAAGUUAUUGACUUUGGGUCAGCCAGCAUCUUCAAUGAGGUGCGCUACGUCAAGGAGCCAUACAUCCAAUCCCGUUUCUACCGGGCACCAGAGAUCUUGCUGGGCCUACCUUUCUGUGAGAAAGUGGACGUGUGGUCUCUGGGCUGCAUUAUGGCAGAGCUGCACUUAGGCUGGCCCCUUUACCCUGGGAACAAUGAGUAUGACCAGAUCAGGUACAUCUGCGAGACCCAAGGGAUGCCCAAGCACAGCCUGCUCAAUGUAGCCAGGAAAGCUCACCACUUCUUCAAGAGAAACCCGCAUGCUGAACUGGUAACCCAGUGGCAGCUGAAAUCCUCAUCCGAGUACUUGGCAGAGACCAAGGUGAAAUCUGUGGAGAGGAGGAAGUAUGUUCUCAAGUCCCUGGAACAGAUGGAGUCGGUGAACAUCCAAAAGAUGAUCUACACAGACAAUGAAGCCCUGGCUGAGUACUUCGACCUGAGAAGCAUGGUGGAGUUGAUCAAGAGGAUGCUGACCUGGGACUCGCAUGAGAGGAUCACGCCAAGUGCAGCCCUGAAGCACCCUUUUAUCUCCAUGCAGCUGCUUAGACUGAGCUAUGAGCUCACCCAAUACUACCAGCUCUGCCUGCGGGGCUUCCAGCAGUCCAUCAAGUGGGAGAGCAAGGACAAGCAGAAAAUGGCCUUUUGCAGUGCCAUGGAAGAGGACACCUUCUACCCGGCGCAAGAGUAUUUCAAGGAAGAGGAGCAUGUGCAUGGCAUCCCUGGCCUCUUCAGUGUCCAAAGGACCAUCGACCAGAUGGACGAUCUGAGCAUCGCGGAGCCAGGCAGGGAGGCUGCCAUGAACUUGUUAGGGGAAGGUGCCGGGAUGGGAGCGUCUGAGUCCUCUGUUCCUGCUGAAGUGGCCGACAUGACCCUGGGCCACAUGGGAGUUCACAAAGCCACUUACCAGAACCCCCGGUUAAACCACGAGCAGCAUCAGGAGCCAAUCCAGGCCCAUUACGGAAGCCGGCAUGGUAGCUCCAAACAGCGCAAGCACCCUCGUCACACCAAGUCCGACCCCACUUUUGGGAACUUGAUCCUACUGGGACAGCAGUCUCCUGGGGAUACCGUCACCUGGGAAAAUGAGAGCAAUGCCGGCAUCUCCCCUGUUGCCUCCUCCCUCCCCGAGCCAAGCAGCCUGGAUGAUCAGAGACAUCCACUUUCUCCCACCACUAAGAGAGCCCAGCUGGAGCUGCCCGACCCCGAGCCGCAGCUGCCGAACGCCAGCACAUGGCUGAGCGGUGAUGACUGGCUGAUUGAGAGGAGCGGGGAGAGAGCCCACAUCAAGAGCACUCUCCACCACACGCCGAACAGGCACCAGCCCUACCUGCAGCACAUCGUGAGCCACCACUGAGACUGGGGCAGCCCGCAGGAGGGACAGGCCAGGCAGAGGCACCCCCCCACACCCCUUUGCAGAGUCAUUUGUAGCCAUUAAAUUAUAGACUGUUCCCGCCUCAAUGCCGUUUACUCAUCAAACCCAAAGCUACCUCCCUAUUUCUGAGCAGUAUGAAAGCCGGACUGCCCGGUGGCCGCUAGGCUGGGCUGCAGUGCCAUACCAGGGCAGGAAGGCCAAGGCCAGUCCUUCAUGGGGAUAGCAGCCAGCCGGGGGCAUGUGGGCGUCACCCUGGGGCCGGCUCAUUUCUGUCUCAAUAAAUGAUUGAUCAGUGGCAGACAGUUGAAUGUAUAUUGUUAUGGGA